CUGGUAUCUUUUUUCUCAGUAUCGUUUGAGCAGUACUAUUAUUAAACGUGCGCAUCAUGAAAAUUUUCAUGACGAAUUGUUUUAUUAUCAUUAUUUCAUUACUUGGCAUAGUAAUUCAAGAAAAUCUUGCACAAUAUGUUCCUCCAACACCAAGUGUAGAACCUCUCUAUCCGGUAGGAUUACGAAUGUCUAUUGCUCAUAAGGAUGGCAUCAGUUUAGUCGCGUAUCAUGUAAAAUUUAACGAUGAUUUCUACAGUCUCGAAGCAGGAACUAUUGCCAGAGAUAUUAUAAAACCACGUAAUAAUUAUUGGGUAUAUGAGGAUCGAUCCACAAAAUUGAAACUAGGAGAUAUAAUUUAUUAUUGGAUUCAUGUAGUUUAUAAUGGUCUUGGUUAUAAUCUACUUGAUCAAAAACACGUAGUUAAUGAAUUUUAUAAUUAUGAUAGUUCACCUUUGAAUAAUUCUAUGAAAAUAAAUAGUCCUGAAAGAAAGAUUGAUACUUGUAUGGCAUCUUCGCAAACUAAAAUAUUUGAAAGUAAUUCGAAAAAUCAACUACUGAAUACGCGAAUCUGUCCAGGUCAAUUAAUUUUUGAAGAGAAUUUCGAUUCUCUUAAUACGUCACGUUGGACAAUUCUUGAACGCUUUGCAGGUCCUCCUAAUUAUGAAUUCGUUAUAUACAUGAAUAAUAUCGACAAUGUAAAAGUUAAAGAUGGUGUUUUGCAUAUUGAACCGAUUUUGACUAAAGAGAAAUAUGGACCAGACUUUAUCCAAAGCAAUAGUCUAACUUUGGAAAAAUGUACAGGAAUCAUUGAAAGCAAAGAAUGCAAACGAAACCCAAUUGGAUCAUAUAUUAUACCGCCUGUAAUAUCAGGACGAUUAAAUACUAAAUCAUCCUUUAAUUUUCAAUAUGGUCGCAUUCAAAUUCGAGCUAAAUUGCCUCGUGGUGAUUGGUUAUUUCCUUUGAUUACCUUGGAAAGUGCAGAUAUGUGCACAAAAAAUUCAUCAAUUUAUUGUGACAUCAUAAUAGUUCAUUCAAACGGAAAUUCUGUCCUUAUAUCACAAGAUGGAAACGAUUUAAGCGGACAUUUUCUUCUAGGGGGUGCUCAUGCAACAGAUAUAAAUUCACAUGUUCCACAGGAUAAUAAAUUAAAUCUUCCCAAAAAGAAAUCAGAAAUCUUAUGGUCAGACGACUAUCACGUGUACGAUUUAGAAUGGAAACCUAAUCAAAUCAUAGUUAAAGUUGAUGGAAAAGAAUAUGGCCAACAAAAUGUACCGGCAUUGUACGAUAUUCCGGUUUAUAUUAAUAUCGGUUUAGCCGUAGGAGGUCACACUAUCUUUCCAGACAAUUGUAUCAGCGGUAACUAUGUAAAACCUUGGAGAAAUGUCGGAUCAAAGGCACUUUACCACUUCCACUUAGCAGAAAACGAUUGGAUAAAAUCCUGGAGAGUGAGCGAUAUCGGUUUACAUGUAGAUUAUAUUAAAAUCUGGGCAGUUUAACUUUUUCUUCCAUUUUUAAUUCAAAAAUACACUUAACCAUUUUUUAAUGUAUUAUUCUUGAUUGUAUUUACAUUUCUUCUUCGUUUAUAUAAAUUAAUAAAAUACAUAGCAAUCAAAAAGAUGGUGGAGGUGGUACCAACACGGAAGGAGGUAACGGUUGUCGAUAAGGCACGUCAUCUGGAUGAAAACCGGAACCCAGUAAUUCGAUCAACCACUGACCUCGAUAACCAUAACGUCUUUGAUAAUCAAGUGAGGCCCGAGGCCCGUCUUCUGGUCUAAAUUCGAACAUUAUUUUUUUUCUAGUAUCCGGAGAAGCUAUAAUUCUUAGAAAAGUUUCUACACCGUUUCUUGGCCAUUCCCAAAAUCUUCCAUUAGACCACAAUGUUCGAAGCAUAGCUGUCCAUCUUGAAGGGAACAUAUCGAACGGAAGUGUUCUAGGAACUCGGGUUGAAAUAGUUCCACUGCACUCGACGAUUAUGCACAGCUAUAUAUGUAAUAAAAGAACAAAUAAAAUAAUUUGCUCGCGCAAUUUUAGGUAAA